CUCGUUUCUUCCUCUAAGUUGAUAAGUAUGGUGGACGAAGCGCGCACGGUCGUUGUAGGUUAGACAAAGUGACUUCGAAAGCCGCACACAACUUCACAAGGUUCACAAAAAUUUCAUGGAAGAUACUGGCCUGCACCUCUCAGACGACACCAUUACUGGAAUGCUGGACACUGAGUCCCCUGCCAUGGAGAGCAAUGGGGAUGCAUUUCUUCCUGACCUUCCUGUUCUAGGCCAAACCGGCGACUGGUCCCCGGACCAGGUUAAUCCAGAACCACUCACCAGUGUCUUGCCUGAGGACUCAGAUGCCUCCCAGGAUGCUCCGGGGCAACAGCAGCAACCGGAUGAGCAGAUGAACUCCACAGAGCUGGGAUCUGUGGAGAAGGCUGUGGAGCAGUUUCAGAUCGCCAGUGCUCAGCUCUUCCAAGAGGAGCAGCCACCACCACCUCCACCUCCACCGCCACCACAGCCGGAGGAAGAGGCAGAACAGCCAUCAGAACACAAAACAGAGUCUGAGCAAGACAGCCAGGAGAUGAGCGUAGAGUCAGGAGCUGCUAUGCAGGAGGGCAGUCAAGAUGGGACCGAGGCAACACAGGUGGCAGAGGAUGGCAUGGAGCUGGAAGAACCACCCAAAGAGACAACACAGGAACCCACUGCUCCUCCAGAGCCAGAGCCGCCCAGCGAGUUUGAAAAACUCUUCAAGGCCUGCGAGGACAACCCAGAAGACUUCAAUGGUUGGGUCUACCUGCUGCAGUACGUGGAGCAGGAGAAUGACCUUCCAUCCGUGAGAAAGUCAUUUGAUGUAUUCUUCCUACGUUAUCCCUACUGCUAUGGCUACUGGAAGAAGUACGCUGAUAUUGAGAAAAAACACGAGAACAUACAGGUUGCAGAAGAGGUAUACAGAAGAGGCUUGCAGGCCAUCCCUCUCAGUGUGGAUCUGUGGCUGCAUUACCUGACCUACAUUAAAGAGAACUCAGACCCGAGUGACCCGGAGACAGAGGCACGCAUUCGAGCUGCCUAUGAACACGCAGUGGCUGCGGCAGGCACGGACUUUCGCUCAGACCGUCUGUGGGAGGCCUUCGUCAACUGGGAGACCGAGCAGGGAAAACUGGCUAACGUCACCACCAUCUAUGAUCGCAUCUUGGGCAUCCCAACCCAGCUGUAUUCCCAGCACUUCCAGAGGUUCAAAGAUCACGUGCAGAGUAACAACCCCAAACACUUCCUGUCAGAAGAGGAGUUUGUCCAGCUGAGACUCGAGCUUUCUAAAGCCAGCCUGUCGGCGAUGAUCAGCGAGGAUGACGAGACGCCUGCUCCUCAGGAGGAGUUGCCACCUGGUACAGAAGAUCUUGCGGACCCUGCAAAGAGAGUGACGGAGAUCGAGAACAUGCGCCACAAGGUGAUCGAGGUUCGGCAGGAAGUCUUCAACCACAACGAGCAUGAAGUCAGCAAGCGCUGGACCUUUGAGGAGGGGAUUAAGAGACCGUACUUCCAUGUGAAAGCCUUAGAGAAGACCCAGCUGAACAACUGGAAGGAGUACCUGGACUUUGAAAUUGAAAACGGGACUCCGGAGCGCGUGGUCGUUCUCUUUGAACGAUGCCUCAUCGCAUGUGCACUCUACGAGGACUUCUGGACCAAGUAUGCAAAAUAUCUAGAGGGCUACAGCACUGAUGGUGUGAGACAUGUCUACAAGAAAGCGUGCACCAUCCAUUUGCCCAAGAAACCAUCCAUCCACCUGCUGUGGGCAGCCUUCGAGGAGCAGCAAGGUAAUGUAGAGGAGGCUCGUGGCAUCCUGAAGUCCCUGGAGGAGGCAGUCCCAGGUCUGGCCAUGGUGCGUCUUCGGAGGGUCAGUCUCGAGCGUCGCCAUGGUAACUUGGAGGAAGCGGAGGCCCUGCUGAGGGAGGCCAUGGAGUCUGCGAAGAACGCCACUGAGACGUCGUUCUAUGCUGUGAAGCUGGCCAGGCAGAUGAUGAAGGUGCAGAGAAGUCUGAGCAAGGCCAGGAAGGUGCUGCUGGAUGCUAUUGAAAAGGACCAGACGAGUCCCAAACUCUAUCUAAACCUGCUUGAGCUGGAAUACAGCGGAGAUGUGAUGCAGAAUGAAGCUGAGAUCUUGGCUUGUUUCGACCGAGCCCUGCAGAGCCAGAUGCCCGUCGAAUCCCGCCUCCUCUUCUCCCAGCGCAAGGUGGAGUUCCUCGAGGACUUUGGCAGUGACAUCAAUGUGCUCGUGGCUGCAUAUGAGGAACAUCAGAAACUACAGAAAGAAAGCGAACCUUCGAAGAGGAAGGCCGAGAACGGCUAUGACAGCUCUCAGGAGCCUGACGCUAAGAGACAGCGUGUGGACGACACUUCUGCGGGUGCAGUUAACGCAGCGACAGACACGACGGCAAAUAACUCUGCAUACAACUACAACUGGUACCAGCAGCAGUACGGCGGGUGGGGACAAAACUCCUGGGGUCAGUACAACCAAUAUGCCCAGUAUAACCAGUACUACCCUCCUCCCCCCACAUGAUGGACUAAAUCGUGACAUGUAGACGGAGACUCAGAGGAAAGCAUCCUUUCUUUACCUGCCUACAUCUGUGAACAGGGCUACUUAACAUGAUGUCAUGGAGAUUUUGAUCCGACCACAGAAGCUGUUUUUUUUCUUCUCUCUGGUGUAACUAAUCAGUUCAACUUUGUAGCUGCUGGUUGGAGUUUAAUACACGUGACCCUCCGUGACAGUCAUGUUGAUCAGUCAUGCUGUUAAAAAACAAACAUUAAUUGCUACGUUAGUCAUCUCCAACACUGGCUGCUUUUUGGGGUUCUUUGACGCAUGUUAUUUGUGAAGGCAGAUAUAUUUUUUUUUCUUGUGUGACGAAAGCUUUUUAAUUUUUAGAUUGGAUGACUUAGUUUGGUCUCUUUCUUUGUGUUCAAGAUUUAAACUCGUAAAGGAGGCAUUCAUUGAUGUACCUCUGAGUCAUGUGUUUCUCCCUCCCAAUCUGAAAGAUUUUUAAUAUUUCAUGGUUAUGGUUCCAUAAAGAUAAUGAAGAGUUCCUCCUUUUUUUAUUUUGACUUGAUUUCAUAAUAAAGAGAUUGAUAUCCUGAA